AUGCAAACUUCAGUACCAAGCCGGCGCUCAAUCCUUCAAGCUUUUCUCGACAUGACUUUACACUUGAUGUUUGAGUUAGUACUGCCUAUUGCAUUGUACUAUGCUCUGCGCACGUUCACGUCGCCGAUAAUUUCGCUCGUGGUAGCCGGUAUUCCUCCUGCACUUGUCGUCGUCAUAAAAGGCAUUCGGGACCACAAGGUGGAUAUGAUGGGUCUGCUGAUGUUGCUUGGUUUCGUUGCUUCGGUAUUGCUGGCCCUGUUAGAAUCCGACCCAAAGCUAUAUCUUUUGCGAGAAAGCGCCAUGACUUCGGCCAUGGCACUCAUGCUGCUGGUGACCCUGUUUCCGCUCCGGUGGCGCCACUCUGUUCUCCGCCCUUUCAUGUUCUAUGUCGCUCGACAGAUCGCUAUUUCCAGCACAGUCAUGCUGCCAUCAGAAACUGUGCGUUUGCAUUGGGAUUGGUUUUGGUCAAACUGGCUAUCAUUCCGAACAUUUUUCCGUGGAUUGACUGGGAUUUGGGGUAUCGGAUUAUCGAGCGAGUUUUUCGUGCGUGUACUUCUUAUCUAUACUGUUGACGAGGUGGACGACAUCAUGUACUACUCCAACAUCUACAUGUUUACUGUGACCAUUUCCCUCGGAGCCUUGACAGUGGCCAGCACCUUGUUGUUUAGACACCUGUACAACGAGGAACAAAAGCGAUCCAAGAACACCCAACGAAGCAUGGAGAUCGAGAGUAUCAUUGCGAGAGCUGCUGAGGAAAGUCGUAAUCAAAAAUCAGCUGCGUAA